CUGAACGUCUGGAAGUGUUUCAGUCUUGUCUGGAGCGAACGUUCUCAGACACUCAAAUAUCUUUCUAGGUUAUUUAAAUUCACUGGACACUGUUUACUCGUUAGGAAGAACUAUGGACCGCAUGGGGAUUUUGUCUCUUAUCUUCCUCGUCUUGUUGCAGAGUCCUGCCUCCCUCUCUCUGACAGUGAGCACCAGUAAGGCCAGAGUGGUGGUCCAUGAGAACACAGAUGCUGUGCUGUCCUGUCAGUUCAAGACAGAGAAGGAGACUAACCCUCGUAUCGAGUGGAAGAAGAAAGGGAAGGACAUCACCUUUGUUUAUUUUGAUGGCAAAUUCAGCGGAUCCUUUGCAGGUCGGGCCAACAUCGAGGGUGCGACAGUGACGCUGCACGCCGUUACCCAGAAGGACUCUGGGCUGUACCGCUGUGAGGUCAGUGCUCCAGCAGACCACACCAACCUGGGAGAGAUUAACGUCACCCUCAGCGUACUGGUUCCCCCCCACACCCCGUCCUGUGAGGUGCCCAGCUCAGUUUUGUCUGGGGCAGGGGUAGAGCUCCACUGUAAGGAUAAACUCAGUGUACCCCCUCCUACCUACAUCUGGUACAAAGACAACAAGGCGCUGAGCACCACACACACAACUGACACCACCUUUAGCAUGGACACUGACAAGGGAACACUGAAGUUCAAGAGUGUGUCCAAGGCUGACUCAGGCCAGUAUCGUUGCGAGGCAUCCAACAGUGUGGGGGCGCCAAAGAGCUGUGUGGCCCAUCACAUGAAGGUCAUAGAAUAUCAGUUGAGUAUGACGACACUGAUAGCCGGAGCUGUAGGUCUCUUCCUGCUCGUUGUCAUGUGCUGCCUGGGUGUGUGCCUCCGUCAUCGACGGGGCUGCUGCAAAAAGCAGGAGCAGAAAGGGAGAAGCACCAACUCCUACAAUCCACCUCCUCCUCCCACCAGAAACCCCAAGAACUACAAGCACACCCAGUCCUUCAUGAUUUAAGGGUUUCCUUUGUGAAACUCAAAUCAAAGCUUGAAGCAGUGAUCUCACACAAAGUCCCCCUCCAACACACACACACACACACACACACACACACACACACACACACACACACACACACACACACACACACACACACACACACACACACACACACACACACACACACACACACACACACACACACACACACACACACACACACACACACACACACACACACACACACACACGGUGGAUUGUUCAACAUACAUAUUUUAGCUUGUUUACACCGCCUAGUGGCCAAAGGAUGAUGCACAAUGAUAUAUUUGUCACACAAAAACUGUCACUUGCUGUGUGUACUCUUCUCUUUUGUGCUUUGUAGAACAUUCUGCUGUUUAUGGCUGUAUUGAGAAGCAACGAUGUGUAUUAUUAUUGUUGUUUUACAGAGAUGCUUUUAUAAUUAUGUUUUUAAAGUAUUUGUUUGCGGCUUUGGAUGUAGCCUACAAGGUCUUUGUGUGAUGAAGGAUAUGUGAUGUUUGUGUGAUGAAGGAUAUGUGAUGUUUGUGUGAUGAAGGAUAUGUGCUCUUUGAACAGGUGUCUGCAUGCACUGACCAUUUUUAGAUAGCUAGUUUUUAAUUAAAGUUAUUUUACCACA